AUGGAUAAUUUUUACCAGAACAAUCCACCGCAAGAAAAUAUUAGACUAAAAAAUAUUCUCCAAGCAUUCGAAAAAAACUAUUUAAAACUUAACCGGGAAAGACAAGUUUAUCAGCAGGAAAACAAGGAAUUAAAACAAAGCCUAGAAGUAGUUAACAAGAUAGCAGAGCAAGAAAAUCAACCCAAAGAAACCAAAGACCAAGCAACCCAAACCGACAUUACUAACCAAGAUUUCGAACAACUAGCACAACAGCAAACUAACUUAAACCAAGCACAAGAAACCAUUCAAAAACUCCAAGAACAAAUUAAUAAAUUAACAGUUAAAAAAGACUAA